AUGGCUGUAAAAGGUAAGGUACAGAGAGGACAGAGCCAGGCUCUUUUCAAUUGUUCCCAGUGCCAGAACAAGAGAGAGAAGGAACUUGAGCUCUCAGUUGCUGCUUCUGGGGCUAUAGACCCAGAAAAGAAGCCGAAUAGAUUGAAGCAGUUUGGUUUGACAGCAAGAACUUCUGAAGAGAAAGUACCACCUGAAAGGCCCAGGGUUGCUUUCCAAACUCCAGUAUCCAUGCCUUCUGUCUCUCCAGGGAAUGAAGACUUUCACAGAGGGCUAGCCAGCGCUCUUGGUGAAAUGGCAGCUCCCAGGCUUGCUCCUAUGCCACCACCUCCACCACCAGUUUUGACAGACAACUAUAGAACACCUUAUGAUGAUGCGUACUACUUUUAUGGAGCAAGAAAUCCUUUAGAUCCCAAUCUUGCAUAUUAUGGCACAGGUAUGAUGGGAAUGCAACCCACACCUAACCUGGAUCCUCCAUUAGCCCAAGCCCCAGUAGAGCAAUCUGUAAGUAACGUUGGACAGAGGAAUACGGGAGACAGACAGAGAAGCAUAGGAGUAUUUUCUGAAGAAAAGUCAAAGCCUUCCAAAGAGGCGACGUUAUCUUAUCAGCAAGAAUUGCAGCAGCAGAUAAGGGAGAGAGAGGAAAGACGCAGACAAGAGAGAGAAGAGAAAGAACGUUACGAAGCCAAGUUAGAAGCAGAAAUGAGGAAUUACAAUCCCUGGGGAAAAGGUGGUGGUGGAGCUCCUCUCAGAGAUGCAAAAGGAAAUCUGAUAACUGACUUGAAUAUGAUGCACAAGCAAAAUGAAGAUGCGUAUCAUAAUCCAGAGGCGAGAUUAUACGAAGAUAAAAGGGCUAUUGUAUCUGUUGACCUAAGUUUGGCCUCACCAAGACCUGAGAACGCAGGAGCAUCUACAAAUAAAAUAGCAGGUUUUGCAUUUGCCCAGACUUCUCCUUUUGCUCGGGGCAAUGUGUUUGGUGAGCCACCAUCUCCACAACAACUUAAGCGACAAGAGUCAUACAAAAACUUUCUUCGUCUACAGAUUGAUGAAAAGAGACGUAGGGAAGAAGCAGAGCGAGAAAAACUUAGACUGGAAGAAGAAAAAGAAGAGAAACGACUAGCUGAACAGAGGAGGAGAAUUCAAAAAGCGUAUGAAGAUGAACAAGAAGAGAAAAGAAGGAAAGAGGAGGAGCGAAGGUUGAAAAACAGAGAAAUGAUUCGAUUAGAUGAAGAAAGACAAAAAGAGGCUGAAAAAAGAAGGAAAGAACAAGAAGAAAAGCGAGAUGAACAACUUAGACAGUAUUUUGAAAAGGAAAAACUUGCCAAGAUGGAAGAGGAGAAGAAAACGUUCUCGAGGAAACCUUCUCCUGUCAUUCCUGCUCUGCAGAACAAAUCAAUAAGAAAAGAAGAGAGGAUUCCAUCAGCUGAAAGCCAAUACAUCUUACUAUUCACAAGUAGGAUUUUUCUACAUGAUCCUCCACAACCCAGAGCUCCUUCUCCACCUGUCCCAGCUAGAAGAAAUCAGUUGCGAGCACUUGAAGAAAGAAAGAAUGUGAUAAAUGAAUUAUCAGAGAUGAGGAAACAGCUUCGUAGUGAAGAGAGGCGACUGCAGGAACAGUUGCUAAAUGUGGCUAGUGAUGAUGAUGGACCAAUUACACGUGGGAGGAGAGAGAAGAAUCCAAAGGACAUAUUUGAGAUGGCCAGGCUUCGUCUGCAGGCUCCAGUGAGGCGACCUUCGUCAAAGGAUGCGCAAGAUCCUGUCAAUAUGCAGAACAUCUGGGAUUUUAAUGAACUUAAAUACAAAGAUUCUGAAACACGUGUGGGCUUAAGGCAAAUGUAUCCUGAUCCUCCAAAAGAUGACCAGACUCUAGAGAUUCAACAGCAGGCUUUGUUGAGAGAGCAGCAGAAGAAACUUGACAGAAUGAGAAUGAGGAGAGAAGCAGAAGAUGAUUCUCCUUCUGGCUACAACCCACAAACCAUGGGACUGUUCAGGAAUGAUUCCCACGAAUCCUUGAAAAAUUCGCUGUUGGAAUCCGACAGUGCUUUUAUUGGUGCUAAUGGAGAAACUUUUUCUGCCUUAGAAGAAGAUGACCUAUCAUCACAGCUUCCACUUUCUGCAAGAGAGAGAAGACGAAUAAGGAAGAAAGCACUGGAGUGCACUGAAGAUGUCCCACCAGCCCAAACACUGCUGCUGCAGCCUGACAGUGUGUCUUUGCACUCCGACUUCAGCCUGGAUGUUGAUCAGAUGAAAGGCAAAAAUGAAGAACGAGUGCGCAGGCUGACGGAGCUCCAGCAGAGAUCUGCUCACUUAGGUGAGGACGUUGCCCUAGGAGAAGCAGAUGACCUGCUGAAGCCUCCCCCAUCCAAGGACAGCCGCCCACCCAGUUCUGUUGACUCCAUUGCCACAGAGCCCUGGCUGCGGCCAGGAACGGCAGCAACGCUCCGCAGGUUCCUGAUGGAGCAGCAGAGCGCAGCAAAGCUGUCUCCUGAGGGCGCGCUGCCACUGGGCUGGCAGGGCCUCUCCACUGCACACGGCUGAGCACAGCCUGCAUGGAACCCACUUGUGCCUUGCAGCAAGGGAAGGGAGCGUCCUGUUUGGCACUACUGCACUUUUAGGGUCUCUCAUAGGGAUCGCUGUACUUGGUGUGAAUAGUGUGGAGCUCUGUGUGUAAUUACAAGUAGCAAUAAUGAAGAAACGGAAGCUGCGGUGCAGUGGGAACCCUCAGAACAGAGUUCUGUACUACCUGGCAGUGGAAGUGGGGCAGUGAAGUAUUUUGGCGUUUUUUGCACUUUUUAUACAAGUUAGUUUCAGCCUCAGAGGCGAAUUUGCAAGGAACAGCGUGUGUGGGAAUUUGAUGUUAAAUCAGAGUUGUUUUACCUUUGUUCGUAGCAAAACUCCAGGACUGUUUGUUUGCAACAGCAAACAACAGCAGAGAUCCAGUUUGAGCUUUUAUCAAGAGUGAACAACCUGGAGGAGGCCACUUCCCUUUCUCAGUGCUGAAUGUGUGCGGUGGUGCCGGGGAGGUGAGCAGCUGUUAUACGGAAGGUCUGUUAGCAUUAUACCUUACCUUCCUCACUUGGUUUGUCUUGGAGAUACAGAUAGUGGGGUAUAUAUUUAUGUUUCUGAUUUAAGAGGUAAUAAUAAAUUAUUUUGUUAUUAAAAAUCUGAAAGCAGACUGAAGUUGUAUUAGUGCUGCAGUUGCUGUCGCUUCCCUUCUCGUGAAGGAAGCAGAGUGCCAAAGCCCUCUUCAAAGCAGGAAAAACCCAUGGAACCAUGGCUGAGCAGAAGCUCUGCUCUUCAGCAGCAUCCACAGCUUUUAACACAACCCCAUUCUCUCUUGCUUACUGUUACCCCCCUCUCUGGCAUCCACCAUGCUAUUCACAAUGCUCUUGGUUCUUCAGAAAGGAUCCUCCAAAUCUUUCCUUCAGCUUUCUGUAAAGCCCAAGUCCAGUUAAUUUCAUUAUUUAUUUUAAUUUAAAAUCAUGCCUGUCUCUCCAGGAGACCAGUGCAGCAGUGUUCCCACCCCUCCAUGCAGCUGCAGGGCUGCAGC